AUGAUAUCACAAGUUCAAACAAAACAAAAUCUUUUUUUUUGUAUUACAAUUCGUACCAAAAAAGAAGAAAUAGUCCAUAAGAAUGGACGAGAACCAACUUCAAUAACAAAUUUAACAGGAAAACCUCUUUCAUUUUAUAUUAUUCAUCAUACUUAUCAACCUCCAAAUUGUUAUGAUGAUGAUGAAUGUAUUCAACGAGUACAAGCUAUUCAAUAUUUACAUCAAAAUGAUCAAGGAUGGGUAGAUAUUGGUUAUCAUUUUCUAGUUGGUGAAAAUGGAAAAGUUUGUGAAGGAAGAGGAUGGAAUCGUCAAGCUGCUCAUUCACCAGGAUGGAAUAAUGAUGCAUAUGGCACUUAUUUUUAUCUAUUAUUUGGAUGA